AUGGGCGACUUCCAAGAAAGCAAUAUCUUUCAGUAUAACCAAGAUUUUGAUGAAGACCUUGCAGAAGUCCUAUUUAAUGGACGUAGAUCUGCUCCAUUCAUAUCAAGCAGUGACUGUCUUUGUUAUGUCACAGAAAACGAAGAUAUGGGACAGCACACAAGUAGACUUCGGUUUAUUUAUAACGCUCCUUUUGAUGUCUUUGGAGACAAUCAUCUCAGUGGAAUUGGUAAUUAUGGUGGUGCUAACGGCGGUGCUGGGGCUGGUAUUGGUGGCGGUGUUGGGGGUGGUAUUGGUGGCGGAGCUGGUGAAGAUGGAGGUUUGGCGCGAAGAGCAAAAUUGUGGAGGAUGUUUUUGGCUUGGUCUAAAAAACUAAGAAAGAAACAUAGACGCCAUUGUAGAAAAUAA